ACUCCUUUUAAUUUUGGCAUGAAUCAUAGAACACCACCCUACCCUGCUGGGGACUAUUGUCUUCUGUGCAGAAGCGAACGGAAAGACUCUGCCUUCUCGGAGAGUGGGCUCAAGGCUGCGAGCAAAUUGGCCCUUUCCAUGGCUCCCAAGGGCAACAGCGUGCUGCACCUGCCGCUGUGGGUGUGCCCGGACUGCCGGCGGACUGUGGAGAGGGAGGAGCGGCACGGCAGCCUGGACCAGCCAGCGCAGGGCCAAGACUUCCUUCUGCACUCCCCCCUGGGUUCACAGCCGGAGGCCGGCGGUGGCAGUGGGAGGCUGGCCCUGGGCGCUCAGCCGCUGUCCCCGGCCGGGCUGGGCGCGGGCCCCUCAGAUGCGGCAUGUGCCUGCGAGGCCUGCAGCGAGCGCAGGGACAUUUCGGCGGAGACGGAGCGGGAGCCUCAGCAGCUGCAGAACUGCUGGUCAGAAGUGCGCUACAUGGUCCGCUGCAUUUACCGCCAGGCGGGGACCCCGCUGGCAGAUGACCAGGACCAGUCUCUGGUGCCCGACAAGGAGGGGGUGAAGGAGCUCGUGGAUAGGCUCUGUGAGAGGGACCCCUACCAGCUGUACCAGCGGCUGGAACAGCAGGCCCGAGAGUACGUGCUGGAGAUGAAGGUCCGGCUCCUCCGGCAGCUGUCGGCUGCAUCCAAAGUGAAGUCGCCAUCCGCCCUGCAGGGACCCCCACAGGCGCACCAGUUCAUCUCCCUUCUCCUUGAGGAGUAUGGCGCCCUGUGCCAGGCGGCCCGCACCAUCAGCACCUUCCUCGGCACCCUGGAAAACGAACACUUGAAGAAGUUCCAGGUGACGUGGGAACUGCAUAAUAAACACCUCUUUGAAGACCUGGUCUUCUCGGAGCCGCUUCUCCAGAGCAGCUUGCCAGCACUCGUGUCGCAAAUCAGGCUGGGAACCACGACCCACGACACCUGCAGCGAGGACGCGUACAGCACCUUGCUGCAGCGCUACCAGCACUCUGAGGAGGAGCUGCGCGGCGUGGCCGAGGAGUGGCUGGAGUGCCAGAAGAGGAUCGACGCCUAUGUGGACGAGCAGAUGACACUGAAAACCAAACAGCGCGUGCUAACGGAAGACUGGGAGCUUUUUAAACAGAGGCGAUUCGUGGAAGAUCAGUUAGCGAACAAAAAAGCCGCCCCUGGUGAGAACAGCUUCACGGACACUGUGAGGCACGUGCUGUCGUCGCGGCUGAGCAUGCCCGACUGCCCCAACUGCAGCUACAGGAGGAGGUGUGCUUGUGAUGACUGCAGCCUGUCACACAUCCUCACUUGUGGCAUCGUGGAUCCCCCCGUCCCUGGCGACAUCCACAUUCACCAGCUGCCACUCCAGGUGGACUCUGCCCCCGACCGUCUCUCUGAGAUGCGCCCACCGAGCGCGUCGUCGGCAAGCUCAGGGUCAGGCUCCAGCUCUCCCCUUGCAGCCCAGCAGCACCCCAGACUCAUCCUCACAGACAACGGCUCGGCACCGACUUUUUGUAGUGACGAUGAAGAUGUCGCCCCGUUGUCCGCUAAGUUUGCUGACAUCUAUCCGUUGAGUAACUAUGACGACACGGAGGUGGUGGCCAGCAUGAAUGGAAUCCACAGCGAAUUGAACGGUGGCGGGGAAAACCUGGCGCUGAAAGAGGAGUCCCCUCAGGUAAGCAGUACCAGCAGUAGCUCUUCAGAAGCUGACGAUGAAGAGGCGGCCGGCGAGAGCAGUGGGGAGCCGCCAGGAGCCCCGAAGGAGGACACGGCCCCAGGAAACGGGAACCCCGGGAAAGAGGAAAGUAAAGUGGACAGUCCACCCCCAUCUUACCCCGCCCAGCAGGCUGAACCAGCUCCAAACACUUGUGAAUGUCACGUUUGUAAACAAGAAGCGUCUGGAUUGACGGCAUCAGCCAUGACUGCGGGGGCCCUCCCUCCUGGCCACCAGUUCCUGAGCCCCGAGAAGCCCACACACCCUGCUCUGCAUCUUUACCCGCACAUCCACGGACACGUGCCCUUGCACGCCGUCCCACACCUGCCACGCCCUCUUAUUCACCCCACCUUGUACACGGCACCCCCCUUCACACACAGUAAGGCUUUACCGCCAGCACCUGUUCAGAAUCACACAAAUAAGCAUCAGGUAUUCAGUGCAUCUCUUCAAGACCAUAUUUACCCGAGCUGUUUUGGGAGUGCUCCAGAGUGGAAUAGUUCUAAAUUUAUAAGUCUUUGGGGAUCAGAAGUGAUGAAUGAUAAGAACUGGAACCCUGGCGCGUUCUUGCCAGAUACAGUUUCUGGGAGUGAUAUGUUAGGGCCAGCACUCUCAGAAACAAGACCUGAAGCCCUUCCACCUCCAUCUAGUGGUGAAACACCUGCAGUUUCCGAGAGUAAGGAGAAAAAAAAUGCUGCAAAAAAGAAGUGUUUGUACAAUUUCCAAGAUGCUUUUAUGGAAGCGAACAAAGUUGUGAUGGCCACCUCGUCAGCCACCUCCUCCGUGUCCUGCACGGCCACCACGGUGCAGUCCAGCAACAGCCAGUUCAAGGUGUCAUCCAAGAGACCGCCUUCCCUAGGUGAGGUCUUCCACGGCGUCAACAAGGAGGACCACAGGCACGGGGUGCCAGCCGCCCCCAGGAACAGCCCCACCGGUUUGGCACCGCUGCCCGCUCUCACCCCCGCCGCCCUCCCGCCAGCCUCCACGCCUCACCUUGCAAAUCUUGCAGCCCCAUCCUUCCCCAAAACUGCCACCACCUCUCCCGGGUUUGUGGAUUCGCGCAAGAGCUUCUGUCCUGCUCCUGUGGCACCCCCGCCCCCCACCACAGACAGCUCCAUGAGCGCACCUCCCAGCGUCUGCAGUGACCCCGACUGCGAGGGGCACCGCUGCGAGAACGGUGUCUACGACCCGCAGCAGGACGACGGGGACGAGAGCGCGGACGAGGACAGCUGCUCCGAGCACAGCUCCAGCACCUCGACCUCCACCAACCAGAAGGAGGGCAAGUACUGCGACUGCUGCUACUGUGAGUUCUUCGGGCACGGCGGGCCUCCAGCUGCACCAACCAGUAGAAAUUACGCAGAAAUGAGGGAGAAGCUUCGUUUACGGCUGACCAAGAGGAAGGAAGAGCAACCCAAAAAAGCGGACCAGCUCUCGGACAGGGAGAGCGUGGUCGACCACCGGCGUGUGGAGGACCUGCUGCGGUUCAUCAACAGCUCGGAGCCCAAGCCGGCCAGCAGCAGCCGGGCGGCCAAGCGCGCGCGGCACAAGCAGAGGAAGCUGGAGGAGAAGGCGCGCCUUGAGGCAGAGGCCCGGGCCCGGGAGCACCUGCACCUGCGGGAGGAGCGGCGGCGGCGGGAGGAGGAGGAGGAGCGGCUCCAGGAGGAGUUUCAGCGGCUCCAGGAGCUUCAGAAGCUGAGAGCCGCGAAGAAGAAGAAGAAGGAGAGGCCGAGUAAGGACUACCCCAAGCUGGACAUGCUUGCUGGAGGUCUCCAGGCCGCCGCGGAGCCCGUGCCCUCCUCUGAGAGCAUCCUCAACGGCUCCCUGGAGCCGCCCGAAGACCCAGAGACCUCAUCCCACUCCCCCUCCAGACACGCGGACCACACAGAGCCCAGGCCAGGGCCGGGGGCCGGCGGGGACACCAGCGACCCCGCCGACGCCAGGGACUCCAAGCUCCUCCUCCCGAAGGAGGCCAGCGGGAAGCGGCAGGAGCCUCUGUCCUUCCUGCUCGACGUGAUGCAUCAGCACAGAGAGGGGCCCGGCAGACAGAAGCUGAAGCAGGCCAGCAAGGCCCCUGGCGAGCCGGCCAGGAAGGCCCUGGAGCCCCCCAGGGCCUUGGAGCCCCCGCCCAGGCCCCGGCCCCAGGCCGAGUCCAAGGCUAAAGUGCUGGACCUGGCCCCGCUGGCGGAGCAGAAGAGGGAGGAGAGGAAAGCCAACAGCAACAACAACAACAGGAAGCAGCUGAACCACGUCAGGGAGGGGAAGUCCAGCCCCAGCCCCGCUGAGCCCGCUGCCCCCACCGAGCACUCGCCGGGCGGCAAGCCGGUGCCCGCAGACUCCCCGCAGCCCAAGGGCAAGAGCAAGAAGAACAAGAAGAAGAAGGGAGACAGAGCCAGCAGCUCAAUCGAUGAUGUCUUUCUGCCCAAAGACAUCGACCUGGACAGCGUGGAUAUGGAUGAGACGGAGCGGGAGGUGGAGUAUUUCAAAAGGACCUCGUGUACAAUAUGGGAUUGCAGCGAGGAGCGUGAACACUUUGCCUUGAUGAGAACCACAACGAGGACAGCGGUCAGCACUCCACCGUCAGGAUAUCCACUCUACCCCUAAAAUGCGGCCUUUUGAGGGUCUGAGAGGAGAAUCCAGGCGUUUAGCAGCCACUCUGACCUCCCGGGACUCGGCUUCGAGCCGUCCCCCGGCAGUGCGCAGCCGUGGGGAGCCCUGCUCUGCUCGGCCUGCUUUCCAGCUGCUGUUCUCGCCCCAGAAUUUUCAGUCUUACUCCAAACCUGCGCGACUGGAGGCCGGCCACGGAUAUGAGGGCGGCCUUCCUGCGGCUCCCUUCUCUCCGAUGCUCCCAGCUAUUUCCAGUGCCGAGGGUUCUGCAAACUCCUCCAGCUCCUCAGGGCAGUGAGACGGAGGCUUUCUGUGGCAGUGAUAGCACCUCACAACACAGCCUGAUCGCUUCCAGUUGGUUUCCUGGCAAGACGGGUGCUCGGGGAAUCCCACAGAGGAGGGGACACCCGAACUGCAGCUGGAGGAGGCUGGAGUAAACGGAAAGGCUGCGAGAGCGGUGCAGGCCGAGGCAGCAGGUGCUCCCAGCGUUAGCCCUUCAUGCUGACUCCACACAGGACGUGCAGACCGUGCAGCGACGAACGUGCGCUUGGGAGCCAGCUUUGUCACCUAGCUACUGUGUGACUUUGGGCAAGUGACCUUAUCCCUCUGUGCCUCAUCAUCCACACCCAUGCUGAGAUGACAGCAGUACCUCCCUCUUGGAAUGGCUGUGAGGGUUAACUGCGUCAACACAGCUGCCCCAGCAACCUGACCCCAUGGGACGCCGCGAGCAGUCCGCCACCUGCAAGGCUGCUUCCUCCCGCCUCGUUUCCAGCCCGCAACUUCACACCCUGGGCAGGGCUAAAGCAGGCCAACCACAGAGGCGAAGUGACUGGACCCACCACCGACCCUCUUUUGAGGGCACCAGCAGGUGUCAAACAGUAGGAGUGUUUCUUCUCGCACUGGUCCAGCCCCUGCCCAGAUGGAAAUGCUGCCAGGUCCCUGCACCCAGCCCCCAACAUGGUCUCAGAGCAGACACUGUAGCAAGUACGUUUAUUAUAAAAAUAAGUAAAUGUGAAAUAAAUGAGUUGUAUCUUCCGGAUACACAACAAACACUGCAA